GGUUAUUAAGUAUAGAGUCAAAUGGUAACCGCGAAUCUUGACGCAUGUAACGAUACUUCGUAUCAACUUUCAAGACGGUGACAUUUUAACCAGGGCUUUAGGGUUAAGGCAGACAAUCGUCUGCUACAGCAUUCAGAUAGCUUUUUUCGACUUCCCGAUCGAAUGUAGCCUAAGUCUAUAUGCAUUCACUAUUCCCUGGGUUAACUGAGGGGGAAAAAACAUGGGCUUUAUUUUCUAGGAACUUUUUAACAAUUGAGGAAGGAAAGGCAUUUACUCCACUGGCUGUUCUCUUGGCCAGAGCGGAUGUGACAUUUGAUACGCACAAGUCUUCACGGACUGGUUGGCAGAAACACCAGUCUGUCGCCCCGCUGAGAGCCCAUAUCGGUAGCAGUGACCUCUGCGUAAAAGCGCAUUGGAGACCACCGAGAAAUAAACCACUCCCGUCUCCGGUUCGGAUUUUCAAUGACAGCCAAUGCCACAGAGCUAAUACGGAAGCACCCUACACGUUCCCUUCGCCUCCCUCGUUUGCAAGACUUCUCAGAGAUAUAUACUAAUGGUUCAUUGGACAACAGAGCCGCGGGAAAUAGGGGUGCUGCCCCAUGAAAAACUGCACUGGGCUUGUAUUAGUGGACCGAUAUAGGAGUCAAAAUGAUUUGAGACUGAUCACUUUCCAGGCUCCCUGGCUGUCCGUCAUGAAGAAGCGAGCCAAUAAGGCGUUGGAGCAGGAUGAGCCUCUGUGCUGCUGUGAGUAUGUGGACCGCCAGGGGGAGAGGAGCCAUGUGGCAGCCUGCUGCUGUGACUGUGAGGACCUGGAUGAUGCCUGUGACAGAUGGUUGAAAAAAGAGCCCCAGAAGGCCAACUCACUGUCCCAUCUGGUUACUGUGAUGACCGACCGCCUCCGUGUUCCCUGGUUCUGGGGUGGAGCCCGGCGUGUCGACCUAUCGGUGCUCCCCCCACUGCUCCUACUUCCUGUCCUCCUACACGUCGCAGCCCUUCACUUCCUGUUGGGUAUAGUUGUUCUGACUGCUCUACCGGUCCUGGUUCUAUGGUACUACUAUGUCACACACCGUAAGAAGGGCCGGACCCUGUUCUUCCUCAGCCUGGCCCUGUUCUCCCUGGGCUACAUGUACUACCUCUUCCUCACCGAGGUCUUCCCCAGGGGGGAUGUAGGGCUGACCCAGUUGGGCACAGUGACCUUGGGGGUGGCCCUGACUCUGGCCGCCCUUGUCCACACCAAGAGAGAACCUCGCUACGUAUGGCCACACCCGGCUUACGUCCACAGCACAGUGACCCAUCACAGCCCUCCACCGGACAGAGACCCCGGCCACAACGGGGUCGGGCAGGAAGUAAUGCUUGCCAAUCAGGGUAGUGGGUCGGAGCAGCAGGGCCAGGGGGUGGAGCAGAUGGAUAGUGGGCAGAGCAGGAACUGGUGCUCUGUGUGCAGGGUUUUGCGGCCCCCCAGGGCGGGACACUGCAGGAUCUGUAACAUCUGUGUCCUGAGGCUGGACCACCACUGUGUCUGGAUAAACAGCUGUGUGGGCCAGUCCAAUCACCGCAGCUUCCUGUUGACACUCCUCCUCUUCCUGUUGACCUCUCUGUAUGGGAUCAGUCUGGUGCUACGCAGCGUGUGUCCUCAACAGCACCUUAUCACCGCUCUGGUCUACUGCCCUGGCGUCUACAACCAGCACAGCUCAGCGCUGUGUUUCACCUGUGCGUGGUAUAGCUGCAUAGUGACUAGUGGACUACUACACCUGCUGGUCCUGCAGCUCAUCAAUGUCAGCUACAAUGUGACAGAGCGAGAGGCGCGCACCGCUCUCCGAGACAAGACUGCCCACAGUCUCUACUGGGGCCUUGUCGUUGACACAGGAGUCUACUCACAUGGUUUCCGUGGCAACUGGGCAGAGUUCCUGACCAUGGGAGAAGGUCCGGACGCCCCCUGGCCCAGCCUCAUUGACCUGGUGUAGCUGACCAUUGGAGAAGGCCCGGACACCCCCUGGCCCAGCCUCACUGACCUGGUGUAGCUGACCAUUGGAGAAGGCCCGGAUACCCCCUGGCCCAGCCUCACUGACCUGGUGUAGCUGACCAUUGGAGAAGGCCCGGACACCCCCUGGCCCAGCCUCACUGACCUGGUGUAGCUGACCAUUGGAGAAGGCCCGGACACCCCCUGGCCCAGCCUCACUGACCUGGGGUGCGUUCAACAAGGAAAAUAGUUUGCGAACAUUGGCUAAUGUUAGCUAACAUAUUCCAUUUGUUUUGUGUUAGCAUUGACCAUUCGCUAACGUUAGCUAACAGUCAGAAGGUAGUGUGCGGUGAACGUAAGUGUCGGUUUCAGGUCUUAACUGCCGCUACAAAAUCAAGUGGCAAUGUAGACUUUCUACUAUAUUUAGUAGGAGUAGCUAAGUCAUUUUCAGUUUGAAUACUGUCGCUAAAAAGCCACAGAAAAUCAUUACAAAAAGUUUCACUGUAACAUUUUGGAAUAUUUAUUCAACUCAAAUUGUUACUCUGGCAACAUGUUCACCGCAAACAGAAUCUUUGUUGAACUCUCCUCAAGGUGUAGCUGAGCUGCUCAACAGCAUAAUGGCAUCGUUACAUGCUGACCAGACCGCUCGUGCGCAUGUUGAUUUUGUCCACCCACACCAGAUGCGAUCAGGACACGGAGAUUGAAAUAUCAAGUAAUCGCUCCUCCAGUUUUCAACUCUGGACUUUAUAUGGUGAUUGGCAAACAACUUCAAGGUGCGUUACCACUACCGCUGAAUCUCAGUUCAUCGUUCAAUCACCCAGUGGGUAUAUGCUCUUAAAAAACAAUGAGGUGGGAUUCAUCAAGCGUCACAAAUAGAACCAAGUUCUAUUUUAGCGCCUGGCUACGCGUACGCUCGUGAGCAGUGUGGGUGCGAUGAUUGAAUAACAUGUAUGUGUACAUUGAUUUUGUGACGCAAGCAGUGUGGUCAGCAUGUUAGAAGUCAUUGAUCAAUUGGACGAUCCAGGUAGAAGUUGCCUACAGAUCUAGAGUCAUCUCUUACCCUCAUACAAUCUGACUUUAACCGUUAGGGGGAAGUACAUAAAACUGAGCGUAGAUCAGUCUGGGGGGGGCAACUUCACCCUACUCUGUGAUAGAGGCGUCACUACAGGCCCUGGUUCGAUCCCGGGCUGUAUCACAACCGGCCAUGAUCGAGAGUCCCAUAGGGUGGCGCGCAAUUGGCCCACCAUUGUAAAUAAGAAUUUGUUCUUAACUGACUUGCCUGGUUAAAUAAAUGAAAAUAAAUAUGGACAAGAGUUGGAGGAUGUGGCUGCUGUACUAUCUUUCACCACCAGAUGGCAGCAUAUCUCCACACCUCAGACUGUAAAGACAUCUCCCUCUCUCCUGUUAAUCAGUCUUCUACCUUGUCUGUCUGUAUGUCCCCUCCCUAUCUAUUAUGUCUUUCUGUUCUCCCCAGUCAGUCUUUCUGUCCUCUCCUUCCCUAUUCUGUCUGGGACUGGGAGGGAGGCCGAGCCAGUCUGAAAUCACAAGCCUUUGUUAAGGUGUCACAGUGAUCGGUUCUGUUGUGAAGUAGCGCCCCCCACAAUACCGUCCCUGAGCUGAACCAUAGGCUACAAUAACACACAACCACUUCUGUUAACUUUACUGACUGACAGCCUCAAUCAAAUCUCACCAUCUCUACCCCUCUCUCUCUCUCCCUGACCUAUUCUCCCAUUCUAGUGCUGCAAUUGCUCCGUGCACCUUUCAUCCAUCUCUCUCUCCAUCGAUCUGUCUCACGCUCCCUCUCUCUCUUCAUUUUCCUCGCGCAAUCUCUUUCCAGGGUCCUUCUACCAUUCUCUCACUCUCUCCCUCCUCAGUUGAAGUGCCUUUGAUGGGAGAGGUGACCAAACCACAUGACCAAAAUAAAAUGAAGCCCUAGACGUUCCUUUCAACACUGACUAACACUCCUCAAGAAAGGAACAGCUGUUGUCACUAUAUGUUAUUUUUAUGUACAACAGUUCCUGUGAGCUUCAGAAGGAAACAUAGGUUAUGGGUAUUUAUCAAACCGCAUCGUGUUGAUACAUCCCUGUGAAGAUGAAGUGUUGUUGCAUUAAACAUCACAUUUACAUUUUAGUUAUUUGCUUACAGAAGCAAUUAGGAUAAAGUGCCUUGCUCAAGGGAAUAUGGAUUUUUCACCUAGUCAGCACAGGGAUUCAAACCAGCAACCUUUGUUACUGGCCCAAAGCCCUUUUACAUGUUCUGGCUCAGCUGAAAGCACCAUGCUCUACCAACUGCGCUACACAGGACUUAAGAGAAUAAAACAACAAAAGUACAGAGUUGUGGGAGAACAACUUCGACAGACUACCCACAGUGAGAAUCGUUCAUGGUGAUAUGAAAAACAUUAUGCUUUUUAUUUUGUAUGGCUUCAAGCUCUUGUCAAACUGCAUCAAACUGUGACUUCAAAAAUAUUAAAUAACCUGAAUUUUAACUGCAA